AUGUCCGACUUCAGACCUAUAGCAUGUUGCAACGUUAUCUACAACGUUGUGUCAAAGUUAGUAGCUCGAAGGUUGACGGCUACGUUGCCGGAAGCCAUAGAACUCAAUCAGUGUGCUUUUGUUGAGGGGAGACUGCUCCUGGAAAAUGUUCUAUUGGCUACUGAACUAGUCAAAGACUAUCAGAAGGGGUCUGUCACAUCUCGUUCUGCCAUCAAGUUGGAUAUCUCUAAAGAUUUUGAUACUGUAAGCUGGUCUUUCAUUGAGGAUACCCUGCGAGCAAUGAACUACCCGGAUCUCUUCGUCACAUGGAUAAUGAGGUGCAUAGAUACUGCUGCUUUCUCCGUGUCUGUCAAUGGGGAACUUGAGGGAUUUUUUAUGAGCUAUCACCCACACUGCAAAGAGUUAAGUCUCUCACACCUGAGUUUUGCCGACGACAUAGUGGUAUUCACAGACGGUUUGCCAGCUUCACUUCGGGGCACUUUGUCUAUAUUUGAUCAGUUUGCAAGAAUGUCUCGGCUUCAUAUAAAUGUUGCGAAAUCGACUACCCUCGCUGCGGGUAGGGAGAAACAAGCCCUGGAGAAUGAAGCAGUGACUGCGGGUCUGUCCAUCUCUGCUUUGCCUAUUAGAUACCUUGGCCUUCCUCUCACUACGAAGCAAAUGACCAAGCAAGACUAUGAGCCUCUUCUCACCAAAAUUCGUAAUCUCUCUCUCCUGGACCAGUAA